AUGCUGCGGACCUUGGCGGCGACGCUGCGGACCUUUUGGGUCGUCACCGCGGCUUGCGACCUUCCGGUACAGAAGAUCAAUCAGGGCGUGCUGCCGCAGAUGAGAGAGGAGCCGUCCGAGCACUGGCACUGGGCUGAAUCCUAUGGCUUUUCAGCUGCCCAGUGGGAUGAGAUGGUGAAUGGCUCGAAGGUUACUGAGGAAUAUCUGAAGUUGUUGAUCGAAAAAGGGCAGAGGGAUUGGGAGAGCGAACUGCUGGCAGAGCACCACGUCUCCCUGCGCCGCAGUUUACGCGCCAAGCAGCGCGUGGCGGUGCAGCGUGUGAUGGAGCUGGUCCAAACGAACGAUCGCCUGGGACAGAUGUUUGGCAACCGCCAGAUCUUGGAGGCCACAUCUUCCUACUACCUGCUGGGCAAUGACGUGCCACCUGACAUGCUGCCGUUUCAUGAAGAAUUACAGUCAUUGCAAAGUCUCGAAAGGGCCUUCGGCAUUUUCAAUGUUCGCAGCAAGCGAUACAAAGGAUGUUUGCUGGUUGCGCCCUCUACAAAGCUGGAGGCGCAUUGUAACUGCUGGGAGUUUUGGUCCUGUGCUGCUACCAACGGCGCUCCCUUCGUGGCACGCGUGACCCUCCAUCCACCGGAGCGACGGCCAAACACCACGGAGCUGGCGCCGCUGCGCGGCGUGCGCAUUGUGGAGACUUCCGGCGGCGGGGUGUUCCAAGAGGCUUUCGUGCAGACGUUGGUGAAGCUCUUCCCCAACUUGCGCGUAUUGAAGGUGAAUAUGGUUUCAGACGAUCUCGUGCUAUAUCCCCAGCUGCACAGCUGGAGUAGCUCGAUUCUGGCCUUGCAUCUGCAUGCGCCCACCUCUGGCCCCAUGGUACAGAUGCUGUGCCAGCUGCGGAAACUGCGUUAUUUGACCUUUGGCGGCGCCGAGGCCUCUGACGGAACGGAAUCCUUGAUGGCCUUUCCAGCGUGCAUGGGCAACCUCUCGGAACUGGUCCAUGUGAAAGUGGUGGGUUGCAACCUGACGGGAAGCGCUUCCCUGCCAAGCACCUUAAGCAACUUGAAAGAGUUGAAGGUUUUCGAAGCCUUCGAACAAGGGAGGCUGAAUGCUGAUGAUGAAGCCGCGUGUCCUGGAGAUUGGCUACCCAACAGGACAGACUGCGUUCCCGGCUAUGUGGCGCGUGCCGAUGCGCCGGAGUCGCCCGUGUGGCGCUGCCCGGUGCAUGGCUGGAAUCUGCAGAUGGAUGACAUGACGCUGCCCUGGUGGAACUGGCAGUCCUUGGAGAAGAUGCAUAUUGAUGCCAAUUUCAUUUAUGGCACCAUUCCAGAGCAGCUGCCAGAGCUCUGGCCCCACCUGCGCUCUUUGGAUCUGCACGAUCUGAAGCUUUCGGGAGCGCUGCCCUUGUCCCUGACGACCUUGGAGAACUUGACGCAGCUACAGGUGCAGUUGAACGACUUGCAGUGCCCGGAGGGUGUGGACGUGAUUGCGGCAUUGAUGAAGCGACCCAAGAUGCGCGUGUUGCAUGUGGAUGCCAACCCCAGGAUGUGUGGUUGCUUACCUCCAGAGGCGCCGCAUUUUCUGCAUCUUAGCGUGGGCGAGACCUCGAUUCGCCUCAACUGUGACGAGCAUCUAGAGCUGUGA